AGAGCACAAACAAAACAAAGACGAGGUGUCUGCAUCUGUUCUUUCCAAAGGAGAAGAGCGGCUUCAGUAUAAAAGCUCUCUGUUUUUCUUUUUCUCUCAACUCUCAAUCAAUGCCCAUCUCGCCAUUCUCAGCAUUAUACUAAUCUCUCGAUCAACAAUCAAGCAAAGCCCCUUUUCUCUCAUCUUCUUUUCAAAUUCAUAUCCAAUUCACUUGUUCUUCUCUUCCCAUUUCAGGCUUUGUUCUAUCCUUCUUUCUCCAUUCCUGAUCCGCAGGCAUUUUACUCGAUCUCCCUUCUCGAUCCCCUUUUAAUCGUUUCUGUUUCUUGGGGUUUUUCGUUGGUGGGUUUCAAAUUUUAGAAUUGAAGAGCGAAAAUAUUGGCAACUUCUGGACUGAUUGUAUGAAUGUUUUCUGAGAAAUGAUGAUGUUGACCUCAACAGUUGGGCUGUGAACUGCUAUGAAACUAGUAGUUAUCCGAUGACAACAACUACCACUACAUGAUGACGAUUUACAUUGGUCGAGAGGCUUCAAAGCUUUGGAAGAGAAUUUGUGCAGAGACUACCACAGAGAUCAACCUACUUCUCGAAAAUUGGAAAUACAUUCUUGCUUGUCUAAUUUUUCAGUAUAUACAUGGUUUGGCUGCCCAAGGAGUUCAUUAUAUACAUCGACCAGGGCCAACAUUGCAGGAUACAGGGUUCUUUUUGCUUCCGGAGCUUGGACAAGAUAAAGGCUAUAUUAGUGAGACAGUGUUCACCUGUGUCUUUCUAUCAUUUGUGCUGUGGACUUUCCACCCUUUCAUCUGCAAGAACAAAAAGAUCUACACUGUUCUGAUUUGGUGCAGGGUUCUAGCAUUUUUAGUUGCUUCUCAAUUUCUUCGGAUAGUUACAUUCUAUUCUACUCAGCUUCCAGGUCCAAAUUAUCAUUGCCGUGAGGGCUCCAAACUGGCUAGAUUGCCACAUCCAGAGAGUUUUCUUGAAGUACUCUUAAUUAAUUUUCCUCGGGGUAUAGUAUUUGGCUGUGGUGAUUUGAUUUUUUCGUCACACAUGAUAUUUACCCUAGUGUUUGUCCUCACAUAUCAGAAGUAUGGUACACAAAGGUUUGUAAAGCAGUUAGGUUGGUUGAUUUCUGUGGUUCAGAGCCUAUUAAUUAUAGCAUCCCGCAAACAUUAUACAGUUGAUGUCGUCGUUGCAUGGUAUACUGUUAAUUUAGUGGUAUUCUUUAUAAGCAAGAAAUUACCAGAGCUCCCUGAUCGGAGUAGCGGAGCUGCAUCUUUGUUGUUACCAUUGAGUACCAAGGAGAGAGACAUCAUGAACAAAGAAGAGAAUCACAAGCUCAUAAAUGGGAACUCAGUAGAACCUGCAGAUCGGAGGCAGAGAACUCAAGUAAAUGGCAAGAUUCUGGAAGAUGCGAAUGGAGUCCAUGCUGAUACUAAUGCAAUGAAUGGUGUGUAGAUGAUGGAAACUGUUCAGUUGGAAAGUGCUGCAAGGACUGCUUCUUACAUCUUUAAGAGCCUUCAAGUGAGGUUGGCUUCUGUUCCAAGAAUGGUGGUAAGUAGUUUGAUUUGUGUUCAUGCAAGAGAAAAUGAAACAUAUGAGUAGCACGUCCGGAUGUUGUGUAGUCCUGUUGCUUUGUAAUGGUUAAAACAGUAUAUCAUCAGCAUCAGCAUGUAUUGUGGAUUCCUAUGAAGUCUUAAAUGUCCCAUUCUCCUGAGCAUGUGAUGCUGCUGAAACUUUGGUGCAUUAUGCUUACUAUAUUUAAAAUGGUGAAGCCGAAGGCUGUUUCCAUUAAUCAUCCAGCAACAAUAAUUUAUCCA